UUCGUCAAUCCGUCAAAUCAACAACAUGAACACAUUCAAAGUGUGUAUGGUCAUCGCUUUAGCUGCUUUAGCCACAGCAGAACCUCCAUCUGGCUACUCAUAUAGCAGACCAAGCGGUGGUGGCGGUGGUGGAUACUCCUCAGGAGGAUACUCCUCAGGAGGUUCCCUCGGUGGUGGAUAUUCAGGAGGAGGUGGUGGUGGCGGAUACACAGCUGUCUCCACAGGAUACCAGACCUCUGAGGGUGCCAGUGUAGAUCCACAAUUAUUAGAACAAGUACGCCAAAUUUUACUUAAAGAAGAACAAUCAUCAGGUUCAAUUGGUGGUGGCGGUGGUGGUUAUCCAUCAGCACCAAGCUCAUCAUACGGUGCACCAUCAUCUAGCUACGGCGUACCUUCAUCCAGUUACGGUGUCCCAUCAUAUUCAUCUGGUCGUGUUGUUGGUAUUGAUCUUGAAGGAAUCCGCCAAGCAAUUCAAGUAGCUCAAUACAAUCAAAUCUCUCACGGACAAGUAGGUGGUGGCGGUGGAUACCCAAGUGGACCAUCAAGCUCAUACGGUGCACCAAGUAUACCAUCCGGCUCAUACGGAGCACCUUUUUAGACUGAAGAAUAAAUGUGAUACCUUAUCUUUUCAAUGGGUAUCAUAUGAAAUCAACAUCUUUAAAAACACGGGUCAUUGAUUCUCAAUUUACAACAUGAAAUCAACUUUGUUCUCUCAUUUGUGUAUAUUAUUUCAUACAUUUAUUAUUAUUAUUUUUGUAUAAAGCUUA